UUGUCAACUAGUCGCGUCGUUCUAUUCCUGAUGGUCACAUCAGUCAUAAGCAUAGAUAGCAUUUAAUUUUGCCGGUGCAAUCUUUAUCUUUUAAUACCAAAGAAACUAUCUUUAAUAAUUGAAAUUAUGUCGUGGGUUCCGUUGGAGUCGAAUCCGGAGGUUAUGACCAAGUUUCUGCAUGAAGUUGGGAUUCCUAAGAAAUGGGGUAUCAUUGAUGUUUAUGGAGUUGAUCCAGACUUGUUGGCUGUUAUACCGAGACCAACCUUGGCCCUGAUUCUCUUGUACCCCGUAACGAGUAAGAGUGAUGAAUUCAAGAAUGAGCGUGAAUCUAAGGUCAAGGAAGCUGGACAGGAUGUGUCUGAAAAUGUAUACUACAUGAAACAAUGUGUUCCAAAUGCUUGUGGAACUGUAGCGCUCAUACACAGCGUAGCUAACAAUACAGACAGGAUUGAACUUAACGAUGGUUAUUUCAAAUCAUUUUUGGAUAGUACCAAAGACCUCUCACCUCUAGAGCGUGGUCAACUUCUUGAUGAAUCUCAGGGUAUCAUCGACACGCAUACAGAACUGGCUCAGGAAGGGCAAACUGAGGCUCCAGGUGAAGGUGCUAAGGUCAAUCAUCACUUUGUUGCAUUUGUGGAGAAGGAUGGAUCACUGUAUGAACUAGACGGUCGACAGUCGAUCCCCAUAAAUCAUGGACCCUCCUCACCCGAAACAUUUCUGGAAGAUGCUGCUCGUGCCUGCCGGGAGUAUAUGGCACGCGACCCAGAAGAAGUUCGUUUCACAAUCGUUGCACUCGCAGCUAACGAAUAAACUUGUGAUAAACACUCGCGAAAUAUUUUUUUAUUCGAGUUGCAUACUAUAUCUACUAUGUGUUAUGCGCUUCUUUGAGUUAAUGCUACGAUACAAACACUUUACUUGAUGUAUUUUUCUUGUAUUACGUACUUUACUGUAGCCUUUGUCGUACUAUUUUGUAAAGCUUUAAAAUAAAUUUAUUCCUACUGCAA